AUGGCCGAGGCCUCCCGGUACCAGAUCCUGGUGCGGCUCCUCGACGGCCGCACCCACUGCCUCCGGUUCUCCACGCCCACCGUCUCCGGCGCGGCGCUCCUCGACGCCGUUUCCGCGCUCUCCCGCGUCCCCGCCGCCUCCCUCCGCCUCGUCACCGGCCGCCUCGACAUCUCGCCCUCCUCCGUCCUCGCAUCCUUCCCCGACGGGCAAUUCCCCUCCGCGUCCGCGCUCCUCCGCCUCCGCGGUGGCAAGGGCGGGUUCGGCUCCCUCCUCCGUGGGGCCGCCUCCAAGGCCGGCCAGAAGAAGACCAGCAACUUCGACGCUUGCCGCGACAUAAACGGCCGCCGGCUCCGCCACGUCAACGCGGAGCGCCGCCUCGAGGAGUGGAGGGCCGAGGCCGCAGAUCGUCAGCUCGAGAAACUUGCCGAGGACUUCCUCAAGAAGAAGGCCAAAGAGUCAGGCCGCGGCGGCGCCCGAGCUGCCGAGGUUGACAAGUAUCUUGAGAAGUACCGAAAGGAUGCCGAGAGCUGCGUCAACGCCGUGGAGGAGUCGGUACGUGCCUCCCUUGGGAAGAGGAAGGCUGUCCCCAAGCCACGUGAUGCAAAGAAGCUUAAAAUUUGGAUGGGCAAAAAGAAAGUAGCAGAUGAUGAGAGUGAUAGUGACAGUGACAGUGAUGUGGACGAUAAUGAGGGGGCAGAUGCAAAACCCAUAGCUCUUGAUCAUGGGAAUUACUCAAAUGAAUCCAACAAAAGUGAGGAGGAAAAGGUUGAUCUGGCUUCAGUUUCUGGGUCACAUUCAGAAGGAGAGUCCUCAGGUGAGAAGUCCCAGAGCAGUGAUUCAGAGGAAAAUGGAAAUGCUCUUCAGGAAUCCAUGGAAGUAAAGAUUAGAUCAGGAUGUGAUUUUGAGUCACAAGGUAGUUUGGAGUGUGAGGUGGGAACGGCAGUUCAGCCUGCUCCUGAGAACACUUCUGAAAACGGAACUUCUGAGAUUGGUAAGAGUGCUCUUUCAGAAGAAGUUCUGAAAUCAGAUGCUCCUGAGAACACUUCUGAAAAUGGAACUUCUGAGAAUGGUAAGAAUGCUCUUUCAGAAGAAGUUCUGAAAUCAGAUGAUAGAACAGAUGUGGAUAACACCGGUUCAGCUACAUCAUCACUCCUUAAUGACCCUGUGGUGCCUCCAGGGGAAGAAUCUGCUGAUGUAAAUAACAAGUCUCUUCUUUCAGAGGAGCCUGUGGACCUGGCAACAUUCAGUUCAGCAGCAGAAUUGGAGGCACUUGGCAUGGAGAAGCUAAAGCUGGAGCUCCAGACUCAUGGACUAAAAUGCGGUGGCACUUUAAAAGAGCGCGCGGCCAGACUGUUCCUUCUGAAAACAACCCCAGUGGAUAAACUACCAAAGAAGCUGCUUGCGAAACCCAACUCUGGAGGGAAGUGA